AUGGCGCGGACCCCGGGGCCGGCUCCGCUGUGUCCUGGAGGCGGCAAAGCACAACUUUCCUCCGCUUCUCCCCCCGGGGCCGGACUCCUACUGCCACCACCGACGCCACCGCCACUCCUGCUGCUACUCUUCCCGCUGCUGCUCUUCUCCCGGCUCUGUGGUGCCUUAGCUGGACCAAUUGUUGUGGAACCACAUGUCACGGCAGUAUGGGGAAAAAAUGUUUCAUUGAAGUGUUUAAUUGAAGUAAAUGAAACCAUAACACAAAUUUCAUGGGAGAAGAUACAUGGCAAAAACUCACAGACUGUUGCAGUUCAUCAUCCUCAAUAUGGAUUUUCUGUUCAAGGAGAGUAUCAGGGAAGAGUUUUGUUUAAAAACUAUUCGCUUAAUGAUGCAACAAUUACUCUACAUAACAUUGGAUUCUCUGAUUCUGGAAAGUACAUAUGCAAAGCUGUUACUUUCCCACUUGGAAAUGCUCAGUCCUCUACAGUUGUAACCGUAUUAGUUGAACCCACUGUGAGCCUGAUAAAAGGUCCAGAUUCUUUAAUUGAUGGCGGGAACGAAACAGUAGCAGCCAUUUGUAUUGCAGCCACGGGAAAACCAGUGGCACAUAUUGACUGGGAAGGAGAUCUUGGUGAAAUGGAAUCCACUACUACUACUUUUCCAAAUGAAACAGCAACAGUUAUCAGCCAGUACAAACUGUUUCCAACCAGAUUUGCUCGAGGAAGACGAAUUACUUGUGUUGUAAAACAUCCAGCUUUAGAGAAGGAUGUUCGAUAUUCUUUCAUAUUAGAUAUACAGUAUGCUCCUGAAGUUUCAGUAACAGGGUAUGAUGGGAAUUGGUUUGUUGGAAGAAAAGGUGUUAAUCUCAAGUGUAAUGCUGAUGCAAAUCCACCACCCUUCAAAUCUGUGUGGAGCAGGUUGGAUGGACAGUGGCCUGAUGGUUUAUUGGCUUCAGAUAAUACUCUACAUUUUGUCCAUCCAUUGACUUUCAAUCAUUCUGGUGUUUAUGUUUGUAAAGUGACCAAUUCCCUUGGUCAAAGAAGUGAUCAAAAAGUCAUCUACAUUUCAGAUCCUCCUACUACUACCACCCUUCAGCCAACAGUUCAGUGGCAUCCCUCAACUGCUGACAUCGAGGAUCUGGCAACAGAACCUAAAAAAUUGCCCUUCCCAUUGUCAACUUUGGCAACCAUUAAGGAUGACACAAUUGGCACGAUCAUUGCUAGUGUAGUGGGUGGGGCUCUGUUCUUAGUGCUCCUGAGUGUCUUGGCUGGAAUAUUCUGUUAUAGAAGACGACGGACGUUUCGUGGAGACUACUUUGCCAAGAACUAUAUCCCACCAUCAGAUAUGCAAAAGGAAUCACAAAUAGAUGUUCUUCAGCAAGAUGAGCUUGAUUCUUACCCAGACAGUGUAAAAAAAGAAAAUAAAAAUCCAGUGAACAAUCUAAUACGUAAAGACUAUUUAGAAGAACCUGAAAAAACUCAGUGGAACAAUGUAGAAAAUCUCAGUAGGUUUGAAAGACCAAUGGAUUACUAUGAAGAUCUAAAAAUGAGCAUGAAGUUUGUCAGUGAUGAACAUUAUGACGAAAAUGAAGAUGACUUAGUUUCACAUGUAGAUGGUUCAGUAAUUUCAAGGAGGGAGUGGUAUGUUUAGCAACCACUAAACAUGACUCAACUAUGUACAUUGUUUCAUUCAUACUAGUUGAUCAUUUUCAGAUUGUUCAUACUUUUUCUUGAGGAAGAAAAAGCUUUUUCAAGUUGAUUUUCAAGCUUUUUAUAUUCUGAUCUAACAAAUGAAAUGAAAAUGUAAAAUCUGGGUUAAAUGUAUCUAAGCUGCUUUACAAUUUUUUUUCAAUGCUGUACUACUGUCUCAAGAUUUAAAUUUUAAUGCAGAGUACUUUAUUGGUCUGUGGCACAAAGGUAAGAAGGAAAUGUCAACAUUAACCAUACGACUUUUUGGUACAAAAAGUUUAAAAAGAAAAAAAAACUACCUUGGCGCAGUGUGUAUUAAGUGUUUACCUAAGACUAUAAUCUCAAAUACAAUGUUUGUUAAACAUAUACCUCUCAAAAUUUAUCACCACUAAAUGAUACUGCAUUGAAAUUGACUAUAAAAUCAAUUUAAGAAAUGUUUAUAUAUAUUUUAGUAUGAAAUAUUCAGCCUGAUCAAACAUCUUUCCUUUUCAGAUAUUAUUUUCUAAGUUUCUAUACAAAUGGAAUUUCCUUACCUCUGCAUUUUAAUGAGCCUUGCCAUAAUUACUGUAGAGUGGCUUUUUAAAGAUAUUCUGUUGCACUAAAACUGUGGUAGUAAACUCAGUAAACAAGAUGUGUGGAAGAGCAUAAUUAACUGAUCAAUAUUUUUGUCCAGAGUACAUAAAAGAGUAAUAAAAUACAUGUCUU